GACACGGUGACGCUGCGAUUCACUAGCCCCAUCACACACACACUCGUAUAGACUACUCCUGUCCAGCGUGAGCUCACCGUUUUUCUACCUUUCGCUUGAAAAUCUGCGUGUCCGUGAGAAACUGUACGGUUGGUUCACGCUCUUAGUGCAGCAUAUUACAGAUCUGACUGUUUGACACUUUUUGGGGGUUUGCAAAAAAAGUAUCUUCUUUAUCCAAUGGGUCCCGGGAUAGUUAUACUUUUCUCUCUGUUCGGAGUUCUCAACGGACAAGGUGGAAAACAGAUCUCCAUAGAUGAGUGCUGUAAGGAUGGUCGGGUUCGGGGCAUUGACAACCAGGACUGCACAGCCAUCCCUCUCAUCUCUGAGUCCACCACAUGCAGGAUAGUGCAGGAGCAGUGCUGUGCUGCGGUUCUGGAGGACAAUAUCUGCACCAGCGGUAUCAACAUGGCCAAAGACCAGGGGGCCUGUGACACACAGUUCACUGGAAGCACCUGCGAGACCAAGACUGCCAAGAUGUGCUGUGACUGUUGUCUGCUGGGCCGGGCUGCUCGCGAGCAUGGUCUGACCUGUGACCACAGCCUGUCUCUGGGCUAUCAGUGUGGCCUGGUGUCCCGGGCCUGCUGCGAUGACGGAGCCCCUGAUGUGGAGACCAGCAACUCCCUGGUUUCUGACAAAGACAACGAGACCCUCACUGAGAAGGAGAAUCCCUUACCGAAUAACAUGUGCAGCAGCGGAUUAGCGAAGUGUGCACAGGAAUGUGUGGGCAACAGCACCUGUGCCUGCUUCAAAGGUUACAAACUCAAACCAGAUGGGAAGAACUGUGAGGAUAUAAACGAGUGCCUGCUGGGGGCCAGUAACUGCAGAGGAGGCGAGCACUGCAUCAACACAGUGGGGUCAUUCCGUUGCCAGAGAGAGGUCAGCUGUGGUACUGGCUAUGAGCUCACGGACAGCAACAACUGCAAAGACAUUGACGAGUGUGAGUCGGGCACCCACAACUGCUCCCCGGACUUUGAGUGUCACAACACUCAGGGGUCGUUCCGCUGUCUGCCCAAGAACCAGUGUGGCGACGGAUACAUCCAGGACGCCAUGGGCAGCUGCAUCGACAUCAAUGAGUGUCUGACCCAGACAGAGCCGUGCCGCCCUGGCCAGUUAUGUAUGAACACGAUGGGCUCCUUCACCUGCCAGAGGAACUCUAUCAACUGUGGCCGGGGAUACCACCUCAACGACGGCGGCAACCGCUGCGUGGAUAUCGAUGAGUGUAAGGGUCCUGAUGGAGCGUGUGCAGGCCACGGCUGUAUCAACCUGGUAGGAUCGUUCCGUUGUGAGUGUCAGGCUGGCUUCAUCUUCAACAGCAUCAGCCGCGUCUGCGAAGAUAUCAACGAGUGCAGGCACUACCCUGGACGCCUCUGUGCCCACAAGUGUGAGAAUGUCCUGGGGUCCUACAAGUGCAGCUGCACCCAAGGCUUCAAGCUGGCCAGCGACGGCAGGAACUGUGACGAUCUAAAUGAAUGUGAGAGCAGCCCCUGCAGUCAAGAAUGUGCCAACGUGUACGGCUCCUACCAGUGCUACUGUCGCCGUGGCUACCAGCUCAGUGACAUAGAUGGCAUCAACUGUGAAGACAUUGAUGAGUGUGCCCUGCCCACCGGGGGUCACAUCUGCUCUUACCGCUGCAACAACACCCCUGGGAGUUUCUACUGCACCUGCCCCGCCACCGGCUACACCCUGGCUCCCAAUGGACGCAGCUGCCAGGAUGUUGAUGAGUGUGUGACAGGAACACACACAUGCUCUGUGACAGAGAGCUGCUUCAACGUGCAGGGUGGAUUCAGAUGCCUGUCAUUCGAGUGUCCGCCCAACUACCGCCAAGCAGGGGAGAUCAGGGCGAGGGUUGAGCGCUCCGACACCAUCCGCUGUGUGAAGUCCUGCCAGCCCAACGACAUCGGCUGUGUCCUGGACCCCGUACACUCCGUCUCCCACACCGUCAUCUCCCUGCCCACCUUCAGGGAGUUCACCAAGCCAGAAGAGAUCGUUUUCCUGAGAACCAUGUCGCCGGCGCACUCCUCCCCCCAACUCAGCUCUGACAUUGUCUUCGACAUUCUGGAGGGGAACGUCCAGAACUCCUUCGACAUCGUCAAGCGACAGGAGCAUGGCAUGAUUGUGGGUGUCGUCCGACAGGUGAAGCCCCUGAUUGGCUCGCUAAACAUGGUGUUGAAGCUGGCUAUGAACUAUGUCACCUCUGGGGUGGUGUCUCAUCGGAACAUCGUCAAUGUCCACAUCUUCGUUUCCGAGUUCUGGUUCUGAGUUUAGGACACGCCACCACCACCACCACCACCACCACCACCACCACCACCACCACCACACAUAUCCACACAGUUCUACCACAGUACUACCAGCACCAUCACAUAAUAGCCACAAAGUACUACCAAUUACACAUUACUACCACACAGUACUACCACCGUACUAUAACGUACCGUCCUAACAUUAAGAGAAAUUUGAAUUCUGAGUGCGUGGAGGAGAAAAGGAAGAUUAUUUAGGUGUUUAACUAUAAGGAUGUGCAUGCACACCAUUGGGAGGUGUAAUACAAGUCAUUCCUGACAAACCCAACACAACACAUUGUAACUAACUUUUGUUAAUUUUCGUUCCAUUUCCAUUAAGAUAAACAGACCACAAGCUGCUUAAUCGCUUUUUUAUUGUAUGAAACUAAGGCACACUUCCCUGUCAGUUUACAUGUAAUAGGAAUUGAUGUAACAAGCCAAGCCAUGAGUUGAUGCAUGCAUCUGGCAUACAGAGCUUGAUGUGAAGACUCAUAUACUGUAUCAUGUAAUGUAAGCAUGCUAUCAUGCUGAAGACAGUAGAAUGUGAUUGUGAAUUGAAAGUGCAUGCGUAGACAUGGAGAUGUGAAAAACCAUUGAAGGAUUUAACAGUUGAAUGUAACACUUACCCUGGUUCAUGGUGUGUAUUACAUUUCCUUUUCUUACUUUAUACACUGCGAAAGGUGUUACGGUACUAAAUAAACCAUCUUGUUUUUA